AUGGCUCCCAAGAAUACCACAAGGCUUGGAUUUCAAAUCUUGAGUACCUUGGAUCAUAAUACUUUUGGACCCAGACUCGGAAGACUUAGCGUGGAAGGACGGAAAGAUCUGGAAACCCCAGAUUUUAUAGCUAUCACAUCUAGAGGUGUUAUACCCCAUAUGACGCCAGAUGUGAUUGCAGCACAUGCACGAGUACCAGGUGUCCAUUUCGCAUUGGAAGACUUCAUAGAAAAGAGCAAUAAAACAACCAUAUCUCCUAUCUUAAAAUAUCCCGGACCAGAACCACCGCUUCAUGCCUUUACUUCCUUGUCUAGAUCAACUAUAUCUCUCUUGGCACCGAGACGAACACCAGCUAUUACAGCUCCUAGUGGUAACGGUAAUACAGCCAUUUCCGUCUUCACUUCGACAGGAUUCCAACCUCUUUCUAACAAGUCCUAUAUCGAUUCAAUCGAGACGUUACGUCCAGAUAUAGCUAUUGCACUUGCCGAUGUGCCCUAUAGCACUAUAGCGGGAGCGAAGCGUACUGCCAAGAUGGGCGAUAGAAGUGGGCAGUGGUUGGCUCAGCUCUUGAGCGACAAAUUCAAAGAUCAGCCAGUAUUUGCGCCAGUAUUGCCCAUAGAUUAUCAAAGUCAGUGGGAGUAUAUAAAUUACAUAUCUGACGAACUCGUGGAUGAGAUCUCAGGUCUAGCUUUCUAUGACUCGAACUUACUCCCCGACAUACCAGAGACUACAACCAUGUCUUCACUUCCACGUCUUUCACUAGAUGAACCAUCAUCUCCCCAUCACGUCCUUCGCCAAAUAUCACUUGGAAUGGACAUUUUCACAAUCCCAUUCAUUAACUUCGCCACAGAUGCCGGCAUUGCAUUAAGCUUCGAAUUCCCAUCUCCCACAACAUCUCAAUCUCAAUCUCCAUCUUCCAACGAAGGUAGCUCCGUCCUUUCCCUAGGUAUCGACAUGUGGACUCCAGCCCACUCUUGCUCGCUUCUCCCCUUAUCCACAUCUUGCAAAUGCUACGCAUGCACUUCGCACCAUCGAGCAUUCAUCCAACAUCUACUUUCCGCCAAAGAAAUGCUCGGCUGGGUCCUAAUUCAAGUCCACAACCAUCAUGUUCUUUCGGAAUUCUUCACUUCGAUACGACAUAGUAUUAAAGAAGGCACGUUCGAAGAGGACUGUAAGGAAUUUGCCAGAAUUUAUGAUAGCGAGCUACCGGAGAAGAGCGGACAAGGACCUAGGAUUAGGGGCUAUCAGUAUAAAAGUGAAAAGGCGGGAGAGAGGAAGAAGAAUAAAGUUGCCUGGAAUAAUUUAGGGCCUGAUUCCACGGGCACUGGGUCGGAAGUUACGCUUGUGCCUGAUGAAAACUCGAAAGAGCUUGAAGAUAAAGGCUUCGCGGAGAAACUAGAAAAUUAG